GUUGUUGAGUCAUCUUCUUUUUGCUUUCUUCCUUUCUCUGGAUUGCAGGCAAGAAAAUUUUGCACCCUUCUUUUCCUUUUCAUUUUUUUUCUCUACUUUCUUCUCGGAAUUUUAUGGGCCACAUGUUUCAAUUUCAAAGCCUCGGUUUUUGAGGAGAAAGAACAUUGGUGUACUUCUCUAUUGAAACUGGGAGUGUGUGACCGAUCAUCUUAGACUGCCGUUGUUUGACGCAAGUAUUUAGAUAAUUAGGUCAACUAUCGUGGGAGAAGACAUUGUGAAUUUCAUCUCAGCUGUCAAUUAAUGGGAUCUGAAGGGCCACCAGCAGUUACAGUCCAUGUGACAGGCUUCAAGAAAUUUCAUGGUGUUGCAGAGAAUCCAACAGAGACGAUUAUUAGUAACUUAAAGGAGUAUAUGAAUAAAAAGGGUUUGCCAAAGGGUGUUGUUCUAGGGAGCUGCACAGUGCUUGAUACUGCAGGACAGGGAGCUCUGUCCCCUCUGUAUCAGACCUUGCAAUCUGCUGUUAAUGGCAAAGAACACGAGCCCUCGAAUUCAGCAAGAACUGUUUGGGUACACUUUGGAGUUAAUAGUGGUGCUACAAGAUUCGCCAUAGAGAAGCAAGCUGUCAAUGAAGCCACUUUUCGUUGUCCUGAUGAGAUGGGAUGGAAACCUCAGAAAGUGCCAAUUUUUCCUUCAGAUGGUGGAAUUUCACGCGUACGAGAGACCUCUCUCCCUGUUGAGGAGAUAACAAAGGCCUUAGCUAAGAAAGGGUUUGAGGUGAUGACCUCCAAUGAUGCAGGUAGAUUUGUGUGCAAUUAUGUCUACUAUCACUCCCUUCGGUUUGCAGAGCAGAAUGGAACCAAAUCACUGUUUGUGCAUGUCCCUCUCUUCUUGACCAUAGAUGAGGAGACGCAGAUGCAACUGGCUUCUUCCUUAUUGGAGGCAAAGUGCCUGGAGACAGGUGAAACUGUUGCUAUAAAGAAAGUUCUUCAAGAUAAGAGGUACAAGAACCGUGAAUUACAAACCAUGCGCCUCCUUGACCGUCCAAAUGUUGUCUCUUUGAAGCAUUGCUUCUUUUCAACAACUGAAAAGGAUGAACUUUAUCUCAACCUGGUACUCGAAUUUUUAGAGCCACGUCUUAUAUUCAUCGGAGUACUGGAGUGUGUCAUCGGGAUAUCAAACCUCAAAAUCUUCUUGUGCGAAAUUGUCUUUGUUCUUGUAGAUGUCGCUUGUUUUACUCUUACCAACAUCUCUCUCUGUGCUUACCAUACAGGGGAGGAAACUAAAUGCAUGAACCCUCACCAUACAGAAUUUAAAUUUCCUCAAAUCAAGGCUCACCCAUGGCACAAGGUUAUUGCAAUACUCUCCAAACCUACGAUGUGCUGCUGUGAGUACAUAAAACCUGCCUUUCAUUCCCUUUCUCUCUCCCUCCUGCCAGGCUUUUUGUGCUAGAUGCCUUGAUCCACCCAUUCUUUGACAAUCCCUUUCUUGGAUUGUAAUGUAAUGGGACGAAAAAUGUAACAGAAGCAGCAAACUGUAUUCUUCCCCAUGUGAAAACUCUUUACCUAUGAUAUUUGAAAUAACAUAACAUGA